CGUUUAUAACUCACUAUCACCCACUUCCUUAACGUUUAUUUGAAUUCUUCCAUCUUCCCUGACGUUCUUAUUUUAUCAACUAUGCACCAUUUUCCUCCUUGCUUGUUCUUUUACCAACACCUCAAUCUUAUUUAGCUGAACUCAUAUUUGUCGAUGAGUCCUUGUAAGAGAAUGACAAGUACAAAAAAAUAGUAAAAUUGGCAGGUAAUGGAUUGGAAGAGUUCCUUGGUAUUGUCAUCUAAGCAUUAAUUUCCAACACCGAAUUUCUUCAGGUUUUCAGUUUAUCUUAUGUUUCUUAUUCAUGUAAAAGCAAGGAAUGAAACUCCGUUGAGAGAGAGAGACAGUUGCAUUGAAGUUUUCACAAUGGGAAAGCAAGGAUCACCGAGAUCUGCACGCCCCAUCUUGCAGAAUACUAACUCACUUUUCAGGACAAAAGAUUAUCAUAUUAGAAGCUGUUCUGAUUCUUUGGGGGCCAGUACUGAUCCUUCUAUCGGGAGGAGAAUAUUAGGGGGAGAUAACUACUGGAAUUCCAAAGUAGUAUUGCUCCAUGGUUUGAAAGAUAAUUCCGGAAAGUUUACUCCUUGCAAGGGUGUUUAUGUUGGGAAAAAGCAUACAUGGUUUGGCCGGAAUGUGAAGCCAAUUGCUUUCAUAUUGGUGUUGAUGGCUUCUCUGUUCUUGCUUGAUUCUCUGAUGGUGUCAGUUUUUGGUUCAAUAAACCUUCAAGGCAGUUCACCUACAAUACCCUCCGAUGCCCAUGAGGAUCCGGGAUGGUCAUGGAGUGUUAAGGGAAAUAAAGGAUCCGGUUGGUAUGCACUUCCCUACAUGUAUGCUAAGGACGAUAAUGUUGUCUCUAUUCAUGAAGAAAGACCAACGGUUCAGAUGUAUGGCAGGCUUCUCAAAUUGGCUUCCAUGGUUCUUGCAGAGAAGGAGUUUAAGCAAGACAGUUUGAACUUUUGGAACGAACCUUACCAUCACGCAUCCAAAUGGAAGCCCUGUGCAGAUAAAAAAUAUCGAACAACCCCAGGGAAGCCUGAUAAAAGCAAUGGCUAUAUAAUGGUCAGUGCAAAUGGUGGCCUUAAUCAACAAAGAGUAGCUAUUUGCAAUGCAGUAGCCGUGGCAUCUUUACUCAAUGCAACUCUAGUUCUUCCUAAAUUUCUUUACAGCAAUGUAUGGAAGGAUCCUAGCCAGUUCGGUGACAUCUAUCAAGAAGACUAUUUUAUGCGCAUCUUGAAAGAUGAUAUAGAUAUUGUAAAGGAACUUCCUCCACAUUUGAAGCCCUUAGAUAUUGAAGCCAUGGGUACCCUAAUUACUGACGCAGAUAUAGUGAAGGAAGCAAAGCCGGAUGAUUAUAUUACCAGUGUACUUCCCCUCCUUCUGCAGAAUAGAGUGGUUCAUUUCCUUGGAUUCGGCAAUCGACUUGGCUUCGACCCAUUGCCUCCUCACCUCCAGAGAUUGAGGUGUAAAUGUAACUUCCAUGCAUUAAAAUUUGUGCUGAAAAUCCAAAAAGUUGGGUCACUAUUAAUCAAAAGGAUAAAGAAAUACUAUGCUGCACCUCGUCAGUUGGAUAAACAACUGCUAGGAGAUUUCGCACCCGGAAUUUCCCCCAAACAGCAUAAUAUUGCAAGAGGCCCAUCCAGAUAUCUUGCCUUACACUUGAGAUUUGAAGAGGAUAUGGUUGCAUAUUCCCUAUGUGAUUUUGGUGGUGGAGAUUAUGAGAAAAAGGAACUUGAAGCCUAUAGAGAUGUUCAUUUUCCACUGCUCAUUGAGCGCUUAAAGAACUCAAAGCCUGUUUCUCCAGUGGAAUUGAGGAAGCUGGGGAGAUGUCCAUUGACACCUGAAGAAGCAGCACUUGUUCUUGCUGCUCUCGGUUUCAAGCCUGAAACUUAUAUUUAUCUUGCAGGGUCUCAAAUAUAUGGGGGAAGUUCCAGGAUGCAACCCUUUACCAGUUUGUACCCCAACCUAGUGACAAAGGAAACACUGCUCACCUCCAGUGAACUUGCUCCCUUCAAAAACUUCUCUUCUCAGCUAGCAGCAUUGGACUUCAUUGCUUGUGCAACUUCAGAUGUCUUUGCUAUGACAGACUCUGGAAGCCAACUAUCAUCUCUGGUAUCCGGGUUCCGAACUUACUAUGGUGAUGGGCAUGCUCCAACCUUGAGGCCCAAUAAGAAGAGGUUAGCAGCAAUUUUGUCAGAGAAUAGAACCAUAGGAUGGAAUACUUUUGAAGAUAGAGUAAGAAAGAUGAUCGAGGAAGGUCAAAGAGUACAGUUGAGGGGAUCUGGUCGAAGUAUUUAUCGACAGCCAAGGUGCCCAGAAUGCAUGUGCAGAUCUUAGUAGAUGAUUAUCAGGAAAUGCGAAGAUCAAAGGCCAGACAUGCCAGUUUAUUGCAAAGUCACAUUGGCAUCACUUUCUCUCAUUUUUUUCUUUCAUGAUUACUUCAUUCCUUUGAUUUAAAGUGUUAAUAUUCAAUAAUUUUGUAUAUGAUUAUUCAAGAUUUCUUCAUCAUGUAAGUUUACCGGAUUGCUAAUUAAAAAUGCCUAGAGAAGAAUUAUGGUUGA